AUGGCGAUGGAGGUAGGGAAUGUGAGGAGUACCCUGUUUUGGGAAGAUAACUGGUUGCAAGAUGGCCCAUUGAAGGUGGCAUUUCCAAGACUGUACUCUAUGUCGAAUCAGCAAGGUUCGAUGUGGCGGAGAGAGUUAUUCCAAUGGGAGCUGGAACUUGUCCACCAACUUCAUGAGCGGCUAAGACAGGUGAAAUUGUCAGAUGGAAAAGAUGAUAAUAUGGUUUGGAAGUUUAAUAGUAAAGGGGUAUUUUCUACCAAGUCUGUUGUGCAGGUCCUACAAUCGGAGACUCUGUCAGAUGAGAUAACGAGCUACAGUUUCACAAGUUCUGUUUGGAGAGGAGUGGUACCGCCGAGGAUUGAGCUUUUUGGGUGGUUUGUACUUAUUGGCAGAGUGAAUACCAAGGAGAGAUUGAGUAGACUAGGCGUUAUAAGGCCCAGUGAUAAUCUCUGUGUACUUUGCAAAAAGGAGAUAGAGUUGGUGGAGCAUUUAUUUCUCCUAGGUGAGCUAACAUGGAAGGUGUGGGAUAGUUGGUUGAGGUCUUUUGGGGAGGUGUGGCCUAUUCCUAGAACCAUAAGGGAACUAUUUGAGCGGUGGACCGGUAGGCAUAAGCGGAAACAAGAUCAGAAGAAAUGGUUGCCGGGGUUCUUUGCAGUUAUUUGGAACAUUUGGGUGGAACGCAAUGUUAGGAUUUUUAAUAAUAAGGAAACAGGUGUGGAGUUCGUAAUAAGGAAGACGAUUCUGAGCUACAACGAAUGGACUAGGAGUGAUCCUUUAGGUGGUUGA